AGGGGGAGCUGGGCCGGGUCGGGAGUGGGGGGCCCACCGCCCCCGAGCGAGCGGCUGCACCUGGCCGCUUGCUUCAAGCCUCUCUGCAGGUCGCUGGAUUUUCGGGGCGGUCGUGUGGGUGGGUGAGGAGCCUGGUCCGCCUUUCCCGUCUCCCCACGUGAUGGUCUAGCUGUAAAGCGACGGAACCCCCAGGCAGGGCCCACAGACCCUGCAUUAGCAGGUCAGUAUCUAGUCAGCAUUCCUUGCUUCCGAAGGAGACUUUAGUGAAUUGUGGCAGAAAGCAGCAUUCUGCUUGCUGUAUACCUGCCUGCUGGGAACUUGUCAGGGGAGCCCCUGCUUGGGGGCCCACCCUCCGUCCCACCCGAGGCUCUGCCCCCCGGUUUCAGCAGGUGUCAGAGCAGCGCGCAGCGGCCCGGUGUGCUUGGCUCGGGGGUGCUGGUAGGUGCCCAGGUGGUGAGUGGCUUGUUGCACCUCCUCAGCCAGCCCACCCCGCCCCCGCCCCGCACAUUGUGAAUCCCUUUGGCACCUGCACCCCUGCUCCGGGUGCCUGUGGUCCUGCCUCAGAGAAGCACGGGCCUCUUAAAGGCAAAGCGUCACUUUCUGGAUCUGGAGCGGAGAUGACGGUUACCUGUGUGGGGAUGUCUGUCCAGAGGCCGGAGGCUCUGCUGUGUCGGUGCUGUGGGUGCUGCCUGACUGGGCCCAGACAUGGGAUGUCGCACCUCGGCGGGGAGCACAGCGGAAGCCAGGGCCUCGCCGAGCUGCUGCUGCCGUGACGGCCAGUGAGCGAGCAGCCGGAGGAUGUCCACCACGACGACGGUCACCCCCGCGGGGAUCCCGGCGGUCCCGGGCCCCGUGAACCCGCCCCCGCCAGAGGUCUCCAACCCCGCCAAGCCCGGCCGCAAGACCAACCAGCUGCAGUACAUGCAGAACGUGGUGGUGAAGACGCUCUGGAAACACCAGUUCGCUUGGCCCUUCUACCAGCCCGUGGACGCCAUCAAGCUGAACCUGCCCGAUUACCAUAAGAUAAUAAAAAACCCCAUGGAUAUGGGGACUAUUAAGAAGAGACUGGAGAAUAAUUAUUAUUGGAGCGCGAGUGAAUGUAUGCAGGACUUCAACACCAUGUUUACAAAUUGUUAUAUUUAUAACAAGCCCACAGAUGACAUAGUGCUCAUGGCCCAAGCCUUAGAGAAAAUUUUUCUCCAGAAAGUGGCCCAGAUGCCCCAGGAGGAAGUUGAGUUAUUACCCCCUGCUCCAAAGGGCAAAGGCCGGAAGCCAGCUUCGGGAGCCCAGAGUGCAGGUACGCAGCAAGUGGCGGCCGUGUCCUCUGUCUCCCCGGCAACCCCCUUCCAGAGCGUCCCCCCCACGGUCUCCCAGACGCCCGUCAUCGCUGCCACCCCUGUGCCAACCAUCACUGCAAACGUCACGUCGGCCCCUGUCCCCCCGGCUGCCGCCCCGCCCCCUCCCGCGACGCCCAUCAUCCCCGUGGUCCCUCCCACGCCGCCCGUUGUCAAGAAGAAGGGCGUGAAGCGGAAAGCAGACACUACCACGCCCACGACGUCCGCCAUCACCGCCAGCCGCAGCGAGUCGCCCCCGCCGCUGUCGGACCCCAAGCAGGCCAAGGUGGUGGCACGGCGGGAGAGCGGGGGCCGCCCCAUCAAGCCGCCCAAGAAGGACCUGGAGGACGGCGAGGUGCCCCAGCACGCGGGCAAGAAGGGCCGGCUCUCGGAGCACCUGCGGCACUGCGACAGCAUCCUCAAGGAGAUGCUGUCCAAGAAGCACGCAGCCUACGCCUGGCCCUUCUACAAGCCGGUGGACGCCGAGGCCCUGGAGCUGCACGACUACCACGACAUCAUCAAGCACCCGAUGGACCUGAGCACCGUCAAGAAGAAGAUGGACAGCCGUGAGUACCCAGACGCACAGGGCUUUGCAGCCGACAUCCGGUUGAUGUUCUCCAACUGUUACAAGUACAACCCCCCAGACCACGAGGUGGUGGCCAUGGCCAGGAAGCUGCAGGACGUGUUUGAGAUGCGGUUUGCCAAGAUGCCGGACGAGCCGGUGGAGGCGCCCACGCUGCCCGUGCCCGCGGCCCCUGUGGUCAGCAAGGGCAUGGAGAGCAGCCGCAGCAGCGAGGAGAGCUCCUCGGACUCAGGCAGCUCGGACUCGGAGGAGGAACGGGCCACGCGGCUGGCGGAGCUGCAGGAGCAGCUGAAGGCUGUGCACGAGCAGCUGGCCGCCCUGUCUCAGGCCCCAGUGAACAAGCCAAAGAGGAAGAAGGAGAAGAAGGAGAAGAAGAAGAAGGACAAGGACAAGGAGAGGCACAAGGCCAAGUCCGAGGACGAGAAGAAGGCCAGGGCGGCCCCGCCCGCCAAGCAGGCCCAGCAGAAGAAGGCGCCCGCCAAGAAGGCCAACAGCACGACUGUGGCUGGCAGACAGCCGAAGAAGGGCGGCAAGCAGGCGUCGGCCUCCUAUGACUCGGAAGAGGAGGAAGAGGGGCUGCCCAUGAGCUACGAUGAGAAGCGCCAGCUCAGCCUGGACAUCAACCGGCUCCCGGGGGAGAAGCUGGGCCGGGUAGUGCACAUCAUCCAGUCGCGGGAGCCCUCGCUCAGGGACUCCAACCCCGACGAGAUAGAGAUUGACUUUGAGACUCUAAAACCCACCACUUUGCGGGAACUGGAGAGAUAUGUCAAGUCUUGUUUACAGAAAAAGCAAAGGAAGCCAUUCUGCACGAGCGGGAAGAAGCAGGCGGCCAGGUCGAAGGAGGAGUUGGCUCAGGAAAAGAAGAAGGAGCUCGAGAGGCGGCUGCAGGACGUCAGCGGGCAGCUGAGCAGCAGCAAGAAGGCCGCCAAGAGAGAGAAGUCAGGCUCGGCGCCCUCGGGAGGGCCCUCCCGGCUCAGCAGCAGCAGCUCCUCCGAGUCCGGCAGCAGCAGCUCCAGCGGGUCCAGCUCCGACAGCAGCGACUCGGAAUGAACUCUGGGCUCUCGCGGGUGGAACAGAACCAGCGGACGUCGCCCACGCCGAAACUCUGCAGUGUUCCCUUCUAUGGUUAAUAUACGAUUUUCCUUCCAUGGUGUGCAGGUUCUCUUCUUAAUUCAGUGUUACGGUAUCUUCCAGUUUUGGCUUGAAUAGGUCAAAGAUCUUUCCGUGUGUGUCCAUUAGACUUUAUGAGAAGCUGUGAAUCUGCAUAACGCCUUUCCUUCGUAACUGAAUUCAGUCCCUUGGAGAUGACAACUUCAAACGCUAACCUGAUGACCGUAGAAAAACACGUAAGGUGUGAUCCGAAGGUUCUUGCAAAAUCUCUUUUCUUACGCCCGACCUGGUCUGUAGCUCCAGCGAGAAUUUCUCCAAAGGAGAUGUCUCGGAAAUGGUACCAUAUGUGAAAGCUGUUAGCUUUGCGAACAGGCGUUUGUCUUUGUCUUUGGGGGCCUGGGCUCUGACCCUCACGUCCGAGGGGUCACCUCUUUCUGCAGGGGCUGAGGACAGCCGUGCCUGCCCCUGCCGUGAGGGCCAGGGCUGGGCCCAAGCGGGGAGGGGUCAUCGUCACUGCAGCCAGAGCUCCCGCGGGUGGGGGACCGGCGAGGGUGGGCGUGGAAGGGAGCCGAGUUUUUCUGAUCUCUGUGACGUCGGGAGCUCCCGGGAGGGAACACAGUGGCUGCGUGUACAACGCGCGGGUUCCCAAACACUGAAAACUUUUACCUCAACUUAAAAGAAAAAAAGAAAAAAAAAAAAGAAGAAAAGGUUAAAAAAAAAAAAAUACAGAAGGAGACUUUUUUGUAAGGUUCAGCAGUUUUCUACAAAAGGCCAGCCCCCACGUGUGUCCCCAGCCCAGCCGCUGCCACGCACUCCGGAACCAUUGUCCCAGUUUCAUGUAUAUAUGAAUACUUUAUUUAUUAAGAUCAUUGGUCAUUUUUU